GAACUCCAAGAAUCUCACAUAUAUAUGCUUAUUAGAUUGCACUUGUAGCUAUGGCCGCAAAACCGCAGUCACUGCGACCCCUCGCCAGUCUCCUCCGUCCACGCUCCGCCUACCGCUGUCAACAACACCAACAGCAACCACAAUUUAGGUCAUAUUCGGCAGCUCCUCCGGGAGCACGUCUAAAUGGUACCGUUAACUACGACACCACCUCCAUCCUCAAUCACACCUCGAAAACUGCCCUCUCGAAUCCUGAACUCCCCGAAAAUGUCCGAACCGGCCCUACCAAGAGCAUAAACCUUUACACAGCGGUGAAUGAAGCUAUGCGGCAUGCCCUCCAGACAGACGAGCGCGUGUUGGUGUUUGGGGAGGAUAUACAGUUUGGAGGCGUUUUCCGGUGUACAAUGAACUUGAACGAGGACUUUGGCACAGAGAGGGUGUUUAAUACACCACUCUCGGAACAAGGGCUGAUAGGGUUUGCAAUUGGAGCUGCCUCGGAGGGCAUGCGGCCAAUUGCGGAGAUACAGUUUGCGGACUACGUGUAUCCGGCGUUUGACCAGCUGAUAAACGAGUGUGCAAAGAUGCGGUACCGGGCUGGCAAGACGGAUAUGCACUGUGGUGGUUUGGUCGUGAGGAUGCCGGCUGGAGUUGUCGGACAUGGGGCUCUCUACCACUCUCAAUCUCCAGAAGUACUCUUCACGCACGUACCCGGCUUACGCGUGAUUAUUCCACGGUCUCCCAUACAAGCAAAAGGCCUUCUUCUAGCCGCGAUCGCAUGCAAUGACCCCUGCAUCUUCUUGGAACCCAAAAUUCUCUAUCGCGCGGCAAAAGAACACGUUCCGGUCGGCGGCUACACCCUACCACUUGACAAGGCCGAGAUCCUGAAAACAGGGUCAGAUGUGACAGUCGUGUCAUACGGCACACCUCUAUAUACCUGCGAAGCUGCGAUUCAAAAAGCAGAGAAAGAUCUCGGAUGCAGUGUCGAGCUGAUUGAUCUGCGGACUAUCUACCCAUGGGAUCGGGAGACGAUUUUAAACAGUGUACGAAAGACAGGCCGUGCUAUUGUUGUACACGAGAGCAUGCAAAACGCAGGCGUUGGCGCGGAAGUUGCCGCGACAAUCCAAGAGGGUGCAUUCACGAGGCUUGAAGCACCAGUGAAGAGGGUAGCGGGCUGGGCGACGUUCACCGGGCUGGCUUACGAGCAGUUCGUCAUCCCGGAUGUCGCAAGGGUGUACGAUGCUAUUAAAAAGAUAAUCGAGUAUUAAGCAUUAGAAGUCAAUUACAGAGGGGGACUAUAGGAUAGUAACCAUCUAAUGAUGCUCAAUGCAUUCCAUUUCAAACAAUUUUGCAUUUUCUCUCCUAUCAUAUUGCACGUAGGCGUUAUUCUAUCCUUCGUAUCUGCACUUUCAACUACGUUUCCAUUUUGAGGACAUUGGCCAUUUCAGUACCCAAUUCCUCCUGCAGGAUGUUCUCGGAUACACUUUCAAAAUUAAAAUCCUGAAGCUACUUGACUAUAUCAUCUGAACCAAUUACUUACCUACCAGAGGGAUAGGGCCAAGUUUACAGAAUUCACAUACCAAGGUACUGUAUACCUUGAGCAAUGCCUACUUUGAGUGCUAGUUUAGGUAGAACGCCGACCCUUAAAUAAGCCUAGGGUCUUGUUAGCUCCGAUGACUACUUUGUCUACUGCUACUUUGAGCGCUGUAUGCUUUUGAUCUAUUAGUGUGUGGGCAUCAAU